UACUAGAGCAAAUGUCAGAAUGCAAGAAGAUAGUGAAAAGAAGAUCACGCUUCUGGCAAGGGUUGCCGCUGCGGCGUUCUAUGGAUUUACAUCAUUUUUCAUCAUUGUUGCGAACAAAGUGAUUCUCACAUCUUACAAAUUCCCUUCAUUUCAAUUUUUGGGAUUAGCUCAAAUGGUAACAGGAGUUGUGGCACUUUUCACUGCAAAACAGCUGUCACUUAUUAAAUAUCCAGAUUUUGCACCAGAUAUAUUUCAACGGAUAUGGCCGCUGCCUGUGGUUUUUGUUGGCAAUCUGCUGUGUGGCCUGGGAGGAACAAAGAAAAUCAGUUUACCCAUGUUUACAGUAUUACGGAGGUUUUCCAUACUUUUCACAAUGAUCGCAGAAUUUUGGAUUUUAGGUAUAAAGGCAAGCAAGGCCAUCCAGCUGAGUGUGUAUCUGAUGAUAGCAGGUGCUCUCGUUGCCGGGGUGUUUGAUCUUUCGUUUGACACAGUGGGGUAUGUGUUAAUCUUCAUCAACAAUGUGUGCACUGCUGCCAAUAUGGUAUACACCAAAAAGAAACUGGAUGCUAAGGAUCUGGGGAAGUAUGGUCUGCUGUUCUACAACUCUGUCUUCAUGAUCAUCCCAGUGUUCUGUUUCACUCUCUACAUGGGAGACAUGGAAAAGGCGUACUAUUAUGAGCACUGGGGAAACCCGUUAUUCCUGGUACAGUUCCUUCUGUCCUGUGUACUGGGAUUUGUUCUCAACUACUCUAUAGUACUUUGUACACAAGUCAACUCAGCUCUCACCACAACCAUCAUAGGUGUUCUCAAGAAUCUCAUUGUCACAUAUAUAGGAAUGGUACUUGGCGGUGAUUAUAAAUUCAGCUGGCUAAACUUUAUAGGUCUGAAUGUAAGUGUGAUCGGCAGUGUGAUAUAUACAUACCUGACAUUCAAGAGGCCAGCCAAGCCAGUGGUGCUAGAAAUAGUCAAGCCAGCGGAACAAGUCUGAUUAUGCUUCCAUAUCAUUAUUUUAAUCAAUGUGUUGUUGUUGUUGUUUUAUACUACCCAUAUUUUGACAAUCAUAUUCCAUUGUUUCAUUUUUAUGUAUAUGGGAUUUGUAUUAUAGUGGGAAAUUUUAUUUUUGAAUUGAAAAUGAUAUUGUUUCUUUCAUUCUUUAAGAUGAAGUAUGGAGAUUGCAAAUAACAACUUUAAGAUCUAAUUUUAGAAUCAAUUGCUAUAACUUCAUUUUUAUCAAAACUGAAUAUUUCACUUUUGAACCAGUUAAUUAUGUUUAAAAGAAUAAUUAAAAAAAAAAUUAAAAAAAAUAAAUAGAGAUUUUUAUUAUAUAUACUCAUGACUAACCAAUUAUUAGGGAAAUUUAAAUGAUAUCUUUGAAAAGUUUUCUUAAAGCAAAUGCUCAAGCCUUACUUUUGUACAGAACAUUACAAACAAAAUGCUUUAUAUGUAAAAUUUACAUAAAAAUUGCAAAAUUAAGAUACGCAAAUAUUAAGAGUAAAAGUAUUUGGCAUAAUAAAAUUGUUUUUGUUAGCAUUCAAACUCUAAGUUUGCAAAUACUAUGUGGAUGUUAAAUGUGAAAUUUUCAUUCAAUUAUAACAAUAAUGCUGACAAUUUUUCAAGAUGUUCCUAGUUAGAUUAAGUAUGAUAGAAUGUAAUAAUUACAGUUAAUAUUUCUGCUUCAAAUGUCAUAUCAAAGUAAUGGGAAAAAACAAGUAAUUUUUAAACACUACUCGAAAACGUAAGUCCCAUCUUUGGAUUCCCAUGAUCGGUAAUAGGUUAUGAAUGGAUAGUAAAGGAAUGGGACACAUGGAUAAUAGGGAUAUCUAUCUGCAGCUUAUUGUAUAAAACUUGGAUAAGUUUGCAAUGCCACCUUUAACUAGUUUGCACAUUUAAGUGAUUUCACUGGAUGAUAGUAGUAGUUAUUUCAUAAUUAUUGAUCAAGCAAUAAACAUUUAGGCUAACUUUGACCAAAGAGUAAACCAGUUUUAUGCAAUAGACUUUUGUGUAAACCAAUUGAACUGUUUUACAUUUUCUAUUAUUUUAUCUGGGUUAAAUGAAAGGCAUUAGUCAAACAGUGCUGUCAUUUUUCAAAAACUAUCACCUUGACUAAAUAUCUUGAAAUAUGCACUGACACCUUUUACACAAUCAUGUAACCAUAGGCAGCUCCACACACAAAUGUAAUAUGACUUACUUUAAACAGUCAGUAUUGUUAUACUCCCACUUCACUUUGGGAACUAUGUCAUGCCUGUCCGUCCGUCCACUCCAUCUAUUCUGUCCAUCUUGCUUCAAGGUCAGGGCCAAUGGGCCUCAGAACUUGGAAAUCUUACUGAUUAUUAGUGGAUCAUGUCCAGUCCAUCACUCUAAUUUUGGUGGGAUUUCGAAAUACUUUUGCCUCCAUAAGAUCGCUUGUGAACGAUGAUUGUAACUCAAUAUAUAGAAAUAGAAGGCAUAACAACAGCCUUCCACUUACCCCUUGAGCUGAUAAUAUGGGGGGCACCACUCCCAGGUCUUAAGCUUCAGUGUCAGUAGUCACUGCAUGCCUCAGAACUCGAUGACUUUGAUAUAUAAACCUUACUGGUGAUAGAAAUUCAUUUCUGGUCCAUCACUUUGUCAUUUAGAGCGGAUUCGGAAAUAGUUUUGCAUAAGUGACCACCAUGAGAUGAUUAUGUGUCACAAGUCACUUCCAGGCCCCUAGCUACAACUUCAAGGUCACUGCUUACCCAUAAACAAUGUCAGUUCUUCUAUAUAAGUCUGAUAUAAGAUUGCAUACAUUUAAAUUAACAGUAUAUCAAUGGGUCCAAAUGGUGUUUACCACGGACUGAUGUAGAACACAUGCCAAUUCUCGAUAUUCAUGACAAGCAAGUUGUUUGAACUAUGUGCCCUUGAACAUCACUUGACCACUUUGGCUAAAUAAGAUGAGAUUGAUUUUGUCGCAAUUGAGAAUAUUUUCCUUCAUAUUAUCUGUAAACAUAUAUUAUAAUUUAUAUUUCUAUAAUGUUCUGAGUCAAACAAUAACAUCCUAUGUCAACGUGGCUGGCGGGGGUAGACAUCACAUCUGUGAUAGCUCUUAUGCCAUAAUGGCCAAAAUAAAAGUCAGAAAAAUGCUUGGGUGUACGGUUACAGUAUUUUGGAAAUUAUUUCAUUUACAGUAUAUAAUGUAUUAUAUACAUGGCAUUUCAGCAAUGAGGCACCCUAUUUUCAAUGUUUUAAAAUUAUCCAACUUUUACCCAUGAUGAUGGCAUUACAUGUAUCUUCUCUUAAGAUGUAUUGCCCUUGACUUGUGUAGGUGAUUUUAGAUUAUGUUCCUUGGAUAUCAUUUGUGAAUCAAUUCUUGUAUUAUGCUUCUACCAUGUUUCUUCUAUGCAUACUAUGCUUGUAGAUAUUUGUAUAAUCAGGGAUAUUAUACACCGUUUACGAUAGCUUUAGUUUCUGAUAAUAGUACAGGAGCAGUGUUCAGUGUUAAAUAGUGAUUGAUGUAUGUUCCAAUUUAGCAUGUUAACCUGUCAUGUACAUGCCUUAGUAAGAACCUUACCAUGUUUGAGGUAAGUUGUUUCAUUGGGUAUUAUGUAUAGUUUAGUGAUUGUUAAAUAUAUAUUUAUCAAUUUAAACAUGGUAAAUUCCUACAGUUACCACUUUAUUUGGAUAAAUUCAUUUUAACAAACACUUACCAGUUUAUUGUUCAAGUAAGUUUUUUUAAAUUAACCAAUAUACCUGAUUAAAAUCAAUAAUGCAUGACUGUUAAUAUACCAAAAGAAAUGUAUGGUGACUUUGAAUGAUACUGCAAUCCCCUUGGACAAAAUAUAAUUUAGAAUGUUUGCAUAUAUGUAAAAUUAGCAGUAAUUAGGAUAUUCAUAUUUCAAAGUUCUCAUUGCCAAAUAAAAUAUAAAAUUAUACUCAAUAAAAAUUACUCUUUUUUUAAAUAUUAUUUACCAUAUGCUUAUCCAAGCAUGUUUUAUUGUAUAUUUUUUAUAAAUACUAAGCUUUUAAAUUAGUUUUGUCUGUGAUAUCUUGUAUCACUUUUAUCACAAAUAAAAAUAAA